AAAUGAUUGAAAAUAACAUUUUAACAAUGACAAGUUGAGGUAAUCAAUAUAUUAGAUUUUUAGAAGGAUGAUAAAAUAAUGUUUAUACAUUGGAAUUAUCUUAUUAAUCAUUGCUAAUAAAACUAAAGGAUAUGUGGAUGACAGUUGCAUAAUGAUUAAAUUUUAAAUAAAACAUGUGAAGUAUGGGUAUCGGAAUAAACCUUUUUAAGAAUCUAAUAACAAAUAAAUAUGCAUUGUAUAACAUGAUCACAUAUUUAAAUAAAGAUUAGAAGUAGAUUGAAUUAAUGAUUAAUGAUCAAUGACAAGG